UGGUGAGUAUAGUUUAAAUUUUCUAUUUAUUCAGUUGCUGUUAUAUGUUUUAUGUAGAAGUAUAUACUUGUAUUUUUAUGUGUUGAAGUAAGGCUGUUUUUAGCUAGCUGUUCAGUGGUUGCCGGCGGUGAAGGGCUGAUCACCCUUGGUGGCUGGAGUACUCUUAGAUCUAUAGGAUAAAACCAGACAUUUCUGAGAAGAUAGUGAGCAGGGAAUAAUUCUUUAGCUCAUGUGAAGGGGAAGUAGCCUUCUGCUUCAAUAGGAGAUCCCUCUUGGCCUGGAUCUUGGAUCCAUAGUAGGAUUGCUUUGUGUAGGAGUAUUGUCAGUCAUAUUUGAAGAAUAGUCACAACUGUUGUAUUUUCUGCAAGAUACUGUAUAUGUUAGUUGUGGUAUUCUGAAACUGGUUGUUUGAGACCAAGUUUGUUUCUUUAUUGAACAGUCUAGUGGCCUGCAUUGUUGUUGUAUUGUAUGGUUGUAUUAUACUACCUUCCAUAGGGUUACAUAGAAUUUUGUGUGUAAAGUAGGUACAACAUAUCUAUAGCAUGGAGGUUGCACAGAGCUACAUCACUAAGUAUGCCUCUGCUAAGUUUGUAGUAUGUACAAAUGAUCCAUUGACGCACCAAUUUAAUGAUAUUUUUAAACAAUGUGUGGAUCAUAAUGAGGCAUUAAAAAGUAAGCAGUCCAACAAGAAAGGAAAGAAAGAAAGAAUAAGUAACAUCUUGAGUAUGCUUUUUAAAAUGAAAGAUAUUGCUGAGAAAAAAGAACUAGAGUGGUACACAGAGCGAGUGCAGCUUAGGGAAGAGCUAGAUAAAUUUGGUCAAUCUCUUUCUGUUGCUGUUACUAGUUCUGGUGGAUGUGAGUGUGAUGAUCUGAAAGAUGAAGUAGAUAGAUUAAUAGAGCAGAAUUAUGAAUUGGAGGAAAAAUUAGAAGAAUGUGAAGAAAUGUGUAGGCUAAGGGAACAACAGUUAUCCUCAUUAGAAAAUAAAGAAGGGCAAAAAGAGGAGGUCAUUUUAUCUCUGAAUGAGCAGCUGACAAUAGUAAAAGCCCAGUUGAUAGAAAAAGAAAAAUGCAUUCAGUUGCUUAAACCACAGGAAGGAGUACAACAUUCCAAUAAAUGUGAAUUUGUCCCUGUUUGCACUCUCUCUGGUGAAGAGGAAGGAGAGGAUAUAAUAAGAUCAAGGAAAAGUACAUCUCUCUUUACUCCUCAGACAGAGGGAAGCAAACAUAGAUCAAAUUCUGUCAAUGUUUCAGGCAGCAACACUGCACCCCUAACAAUUCAAGAUCGCACAAACCUUUGUCAAAUUCUAGGGAAAUUUGAUACCUCUGCAUCACCAAUAAGCCUUUCUAAUAAAUUAGAGGCUGUGGUUUCACAAUAUAACCUCAAUAACAAGGAUGCAUGUUCUUUACUGAGAGCAUGGCUUCCUUAUCAACUGGCGGCUCAGCUCAAAGCGCCAGUGGGAACACACAAAGGUGUGUCAGCAGACCUCAAUACGAAUUGGGGCAGCUUUUCGGAAAGGUUACAAGAAUUACAGCGUAUAAUGGGUGGCAGGGAUGCAAGAGGUACCAAUGCCCUAGAAAAUACUAAAUUAAAAAAAGGUGAAGACCCAAUACUGUUUUGUAAUGAAUAUCUGGCAAUGUAUAAAGCUACAUAUAACUGUCCUGAUAUGUCUCCUGAUGAUAGUGCUUUCUUAUAUUCAAUGUCCAAUAAGUGUACCUUUAUAGAUUUUUCCACAAGAGUUGCACUUAGAAAUGCUAAUUCAUACCAAACAUUUUUGAAUAUUUUGAAAGACUGGAUUGAGGAGGCAGGUCAGGACAGUAAAAUGCAAAGGAAAGUAUUUGAGGUUAUCAGGAAUGAGGGGCCAAAAAGAUUUAAUAGGAAGUGUUAUAGCUGUGGGAACACAGGUCAUUUCUCAAGGGACUGCAGAGUGCCAAAGAAACGUUACCAUAAGACAGAAAAUAGAAGGCCUGGGCAGUUUAAUGCAGCAUCAGACGGAAAUAGGCACACCAAUGCUACACUGUAUGCCCCACUCUUGCAAGAACUACAGAAAAUGAAGGUCAAAAUAGUUGAGGAGCCAGAGGAGUAUAAGAAGCCUGUUCCCAACAACCCAUAUAUAAAACAAUAG